CACUUGACGUCACUGGAAGGUAACGCAUAACUCGUAGUUCGGUAAUGGAGUCGUUAUGCGACAGAUUUCCUCUUCAUAGAGCAGUUUUUGAGGGGAAUCUUCGGAAGGUUUCGAGUUGCUUGCGCACCUGCGAUGUAGGAGAAAGAGAUGUACAUGGAAAUACACCCCUUCAUUUGGCAGUUCUCUUAGGCCACAGAGAAUGUGUGUAUUUACUGUUGGCCCACAAAGCCCCAGUGAAAGUGAAAAAUAACUUUGGAUGGACACCCCUUGCUGAGGCUAUCAGUUAUGGAGAUCGGCAAAUAAUCGCAUCUUUACUGAAGAAACUCAAAGAACAAUCAAGAGAGACUUUAGAGGAGAGAAGACCUCAAUUGACUACUGCAUUACAAGAGCUUGGAGACUUUUAUGUAGAGAUUAACUGGGAUUUUCAAAGCUGGGUACCACUCUUGUCCAGAAUAUUGCCAUCAGACACAUGUAAAGUGUACAAGAAAGGCUGCUCAAUUAGAAUGGAUAGUACGCUUGUGGAUUUUAGUGACAUGAAAUGGCAGAGGGGUGACUUGACAUUUAUUUUCAAUGGUGAUGCACGAGGAAAGCAAUCCUUUGCUGUGUUAGACAAUGAGAAGAGAGUUUUUCAAAGACUCAGAACAGAGGACACUGAAGCAGAGAUAGAGGAAGAAGUUGACCUACUAAUGAGCAGUGACAUUGUCUCAGCUACCAUGUCAACUAAACCCAUCACUUUUAGUCGCUCACAAGCAGGAUGGAUUUGGCGCGCAGACAGAUCAGAAAUGGUUGGUCCUUAUAUGUCAGAAGUGUAUUCCAUAAAUGGAAUGUUGCUCAUUUCCAGAAAGCGGAGGGAGCACCUGUCAGAGGAAGAUGUUGUGAAAAACAAGGCUCUGAUUGACAAUCUAAGCAAAGGAGGGGGAAAUAUCAUGGACAGCCUUCCUGAGACUACACGGAGAAGUUCCCUUAAUCCUCCACCAAAAACUGACUUGUCUUGGGAUGAGUAUCUGCUGUACGACUCAGACAGACUGCCUCCGAUUGGCCGACCCAUGGUGCUCAAAGAAGACAAAAAAUCUGUCAAAGCGCAUGUGGCCAUGAGUGAAGAUUUCCCCCUUUCUGUUGAUCUUAUCCUGAAAGUGUUGGAAGUUGUUGCUCCAUUUAAGCACUUUAACAAGUUAAAAGAGUUUGUCGCUAUGAAACUACCUGCGGGAUUUCCUGUCAGAAUAGAAAUUCCAGUUUUUCCGACGAUAACAGCUCGAGUGACGUUCCAAGACUUUAAAUCCUGUCGCGACAUUCCCUCUUCGAUGUUUUUUAUUCCUCGAGAUUACAAGGAGGAUCCGAAUCGCUUCCCAGAUUUGUAAGCAGAGUGAAGUUUUGUAGUCGGCCUAGUUUAAUACUCUCCCUUAGCUGAAAAUUGUCACCGUGUACAUAACACAGAUUGGACUGCGCGACAUUAUUUUAGCAUAAUUUAUUUGUAAGUGCGCGCAAGCAAGUAGAGCUUUUCGGUAAUUCGGUCAUUUCGUUUGAAUAUUGCAAGAUCUUUCAACGAAUAUCUCGAACGUUUGUUGUAGAAUGAAAUUUUCAUUCGCAAGAACAGUUAUUAGUGAUGAGUUAUUCAGUGAUGUCACACAAGUUCGCCAAAAAUUGAAAUGGCUUAAUAUUUUUGUUUUAAAAUUUCCUAGGUCAUGCGUUUGAUGUCUAAUUUCGUUGUACAUUUAAGAAUACCAAAGUUUCAAAAAAAAAAAAAUUGUACUUUGAUGUUUGAAAUAGGUUUCAUUCCAGUGAAGGGUGAACAAGGCAUAUCAUAUGCUAAAAAAGGUUCACCAGACCCUUUUAAUUUGGUGGCAGAAAGUCAAAACUGCCAAGUAAUUUUACUGGUUUACACGCAUUUUAUACUCACAUGUGUGCAUUUUGUUACACGCGGGUGUGUGUGUGUGUGUGUGGUGUGUUGCGCGCGUGGAGUGCUCGGGAUUUGCAUGUGUGUCAAGCGCUUGUUAUGCUGCAAGACACACGAGCGCUACAUGUACCAGCACGUAAAGAAGUAUUCUUUAUGUAGCAGUGGUGCAACGUUUCGUUUAGACAAGUUGUUUCAGCAGAGAAUUAAUGAUUUGAGUUUGGAAAAAAAUUGAGUAGGCUUUAGUAUAGCGAGGGCGUCGGUUUUACCUAUCGUCUGAGAUAAGGGGUCGCUAAUUCGAAUUUUAUUGCUGACGUGAAAUUUUCAAGACUUAUUUAGAGAACCUUAGUUAUUCUAGAUAUGAAAAUCAUUUUCAUUUUUUUUAGUAACUUGUAAGUACAAAAAUUGGGUCGCAAAUUAGGUUCCUACCGAAAACAAAACCAUCGUAAGAUGAGACCCCACAAUUUUAUUUAUUAUUUUAUUAUUAUUAUUUUUUCGAUACACAUGUCAAUUCAUUUCCUUCGAGCAAGGAAUUAUUCAAAAUAAUUUUUUAGACAAACCAUACUGACCUUUAGCUCAAGAUCUACGGGGUUAUUCAGCAGGAUAAAAAGUUUUGACCAUACAGCCUGAAAUGAAACUUGCAAAAAUUAGCUCUCGGCCUAAAUUUAAGUCGUGGACAGAAAUAAGUUUGUGCCCACCAAACACAAAAAGAGCCCCUCCAUAAAUUCAAAUUGGGCGUAAGUUUCGUGUUGUACGGGUUUUCGAACAUACUUGGAGGGUAAAAGUGAUAUUUAUGUUGUAAAUUGUAGGUAGACACCGUGGUCUCUCUUUUACGCUGAUAUCCCUUCGCUGUUAGAAUUUCUCGACCAUUCUCCAACUCGUGUUGACGAGAGCGCGGACAAAUGACUCUAACUAUGUGGGGAAGGUUAAGAUCUCUUAUUUGCCCCUUCCCAACACUGAGAGUAGUUCUGCCCUCUACCCAGACCUCACUCUCUCUCUAUCUGAAGGAUAGCGCUUUUAAGGGUGAUGACUAAGAUUUUAAUGCAGAAGUGAGGGUACUUUGGUAAUAUAUUUAUGUAGUGUGCUAGAGGAAGCUUCUAUUAUGCAUAUUAUAAUUUAUACGUCGAAUUUAUUGCUAUUUAUGAUGUAUCUCUGUGAUGAUACCUUUUCAUUUUCUAAGUUAAGGGUAGUCAGUUUUAAAUUGUAGUAACAAACGGUAUACAUAGGCUAAGGAAAGAGAACUUAUUUUUAUACAAGACUUCUAAGAUCUCCUAAAGUAACAGGGCAGGGGUAAUUAAGUGUACGCUAAGCAGAGCAAACCAUGUAUAUUUUCAGCUAAGGGUUACAUCAGUUAGUGAAGCAGCUAAGUUAUUGUUAUGAAAUAAAUUUUUUCUUCAAUCGGC